AUGUCCCCUACCCAGCUGGAAAUCAAGGCCAGGGCAUUGCAAAGACUGGUGAAAGAAGAGGGCUACUAUCAACAGGAAUUGAAGGAACAGACUGAACUGGUUGAGAAGCUCAAGAAGGACAAAGAUCUCGAUCCAUAUGACCUGAAGAAGCAAGAAGAGGUGCAAAAGGAUACCGAGAAGCUGUUGCCUACGUUAUACCAGAAGAUCAGGGAGUUCAAAGAGAACCUGGAACAAUUUUUGGAGUCCUACCAAGGCAGCGAGAGCGUAGAGGGCGCCAAAUCUGCCAUUGACAGUGCUAAUGAGCUUCUGAAGACCCGCGAUAAUUGA